AUGGCGAAGGAUCUAGACGAGCUAUUGGAUGAAGUCGAGUCCAAGUUUUGCAGCCCUGACCCACUCAGACUGGGCAUGGCCCAGCAGCCUAGAGGCUGUGGCGGCACCCACAGCAGUGACCGGAAUCGAGCCGCCGAGGCGAAAGACAAUCUCAGAUUGGCAGACACAUUUAAAAAAACAGAUGAUCUUGACAGUCUUAUUAAUGAAAUAUUUGAAGAGCCUAAUUUUGACAAAAAAACUUUUAAAUUAAAAUCUAAAUCUUCAGGUUACACAUCUGACAGAGCUCCUAUUCAGGGCCUUGGUAAAAGUUGCAGUCCAGUAUUCCUGGGUGGAAGUACUGCUCCACAUGGUAUUGGAACAAAUACCUCACAGAGAGCAUGUGACCAUCUGCGUUGUGUAGCCUGUGAUUUCUGCAUAGUAAGCUAUGAUGACUAUAUGUGGGACAAAUCAUGUGAUUAUUUGUUUUUCAGGAACAAUAUGCCAGAAUUCCACAAAUUAAAAGCAAAGUUGGUAAAGAAGAAAGGAGCACGGGCAUAUGCUUGCCAAUGUAGCUGGAGAACUAUUGAAGAGCUGACCGACCUUCAGACCCAUCAUCAGCUUCGCUGGGUUUGUGGUAAACAUUAA